ACUAAAUUAAUAAAUUUUUUGAGAUGAGAAUCUAACCUAAGAUUUAACUAAGAAUCCUAGUCAAUUUAUCCAUUCAAAACCCCUUCAUUAUUUGUCACACAUAAUUAUCAAUAUUUAAUCUAUUGUUUCACUACUGAAUCGAUCUGUCAAUUUCAAUCACCUUCAAUUUCUAAUUUUCCCUCGUCUCUUUCGCAAAUUGCAUAUUUGCAAAGUCAUCGCGACAUAUCGUAUUCGUAACAUCGUAACGUAACCCAUAUGUCGUCACACCGAGAGGGAUUGCAAAUCGCAAAUGCGAUAUAUCGCGAUGACUCGUUUGAUAAUCGCGCCGCUGCUAAUGAUGCAAUCGACCAAUAAUGUUGGGUGCUACGCUACAUGGAAACCAACGACCAUUGGUUAGCGCUGCGCUCGUGGGGCAAAUGGAGCACACUGCCGUCGUGUGGUAGCGAUCAUUUACACUUACAUCACAUAUCUUUAAGGACGGCUCGACGCACGACGAACGCCCGACAUCGCGACAGCCUGUUCCGCUCACGUGUCGCACGUUGAAUUACAGUGCCCGCCCUACAUGCAGUGUUGCUCGCCCUAUCCGUAACGCUAUGAAAAUCUGGACGUCACAACAUACCUUCGAUCAUCCUUGGGAAACGGUAGCGCAAGCUGCAUGGAGAAAAUAUCCGAAUCCUAUGGUGCCUUCGGUUAUUGGGGCGGACGUCAUCGACAGGGAAGUGGUCAACGGUGUCCUCCGCACCCACAGACUCGUGGUCUCUACCCAAUGGGGCUUUCCUAAAUGGACGCAAGCGAUAAUCGGCUACGCGAACUUGUGUUAUGCCAGCGAGCGCAGCGAGGUCGAUCCCGUGAAUAAACAAAUGAUCCUCAGGACUCAUAAUUUAACCUUUGGUAAUUAUAUCGCUGUAGACGAAGCUGUCAGGUAUACGCCUCAUCCAGAUGAUCCCACAAAGACAUUGCUCACGCAAGAAGCGGUGGUCACUGUUCGGGGGGUGCCGCUGACCAACUACAUGGAGGAUCUCUUAGCUUCAAAAAUCUCUUUUAACGCGUGUAAAGGUCGACAAGGGUUGCAAUGGGUGAUCAACAAGCUCGAGUCCGAGAUGAAGGAGUUUGCUUGAAAGGCCCAGCCGCCGUCGCGAAACUUCUAAACUGCCGCUAUCAGCACAACACCGAGCGCCGGCGUCGAUAGGGAGCGGCAACUUCUAGAUCGAACGAUUACGCGGAUCAGAAGAACGUUAACGUCCCGGGUUUCGUCAGAAACGAGCAGAUGAUUCGCCGCAGGCCAUGUAGAUCGCCUAAUUGAAUUUUGCGCAACUUGUUACUGACCGGUUUCGAGGCACGAAUGUUCCCUUUGAAGAACGAUUGCCUCCGCAACUGUACACUUGGGUCCAGACCUGCAAGGAUCUGUCGAAUGGAUGGGCGAGAUAACGACUGAUGUAGAAAUACGUAAAUAUGUAGAUUUAACUUAAAUGAAGAAGUACAACGGUAGGUGCGGCGUUUGGAUGGCAAUAAAUUCCAAUGCUUCAAUUCACGUAUCCACACGCGACUGUCGGCAGGCUACUGUUUCGCGAUGUGUAUACGUAUAAUGAAUUUUACCUACACUUAGCCAAUUUAAAAAUUAUGUGGACGUCCACCGCGCAAUUUAGAGAAUUUGAAAUCAAACUGCAUUGUCUAAUGUCUAUGUUAUGUAUACUUAUAUUUAAUUUAAUCCUAUACAGAAAACCUUAAUGAGUAUUAGACACAAUUUUUUCACAACACCCGCAAAAUCGUUUUUUGUUUACUCCCUUUCCACACUGUCUGUCACCUUCGAUCGUUUAUUUAUUUCAUGUCAUUUAUUUAGCAUCGCGCGAAUUAUUUUUGCUCGGUGGUGCAUAAGCUACACGUCCUAUGAAAUCUAUUACAAGCGCAACACACGAACGGUCCCAUUGACUGACCGAAGAUGAACAAUGCAGACCCAGCCUUCGCGAAACUAUGCUCCCCGGAACUAUGUUCGCUGGACUCCCAUUUCUCCUCAGCGAGAGGCCAAAGCUCUUUGAUCGUGGCAAAGAGGCAACUUACAUCGCGCGUUCCGAAAUCGCUGCGCGAUCCCUUUGACGGGUAUCCGCAUUUGAGAAUUGUACCGUUGUCGCUACUAAUUAAUUUCGCGGUUUCCCUUUUAUCGAUGCUUUGACAAGAUACCGGAAAUUAACAAGCCACAUAGUUUUUUUGUUUUACUUUAACUUUCGCGAUCUUAUCGAUCUUUUUUGCACGGAUUUUUUGCCUUUUCAAUUGAUCUGUGAUCCGUCGAUCUAAAUUCUCCAAUUGUUUUUAAAUUCCAAUUGAGACAUGAAAGUGCUUUGUCGGGCAUAAAAGAAGCAUCGAACGAAAAUGGUAUUUUUUGUAUCAAAAAGAAUCGAACGAAAAGGGAAAGAUGCGAGAACGAAUGCACAUAUGGCCCAUGCGAAACGGGGGCUUUACACGGGCGAGCUGGGACGCUUUAAUUUAGAGAAGUCGACAUGCACGUCGAACGCGGACGUUGAUUUACCAACGAGCUCAGUGGUUCGAUAGGAAAACCGAGCAGACAUCAAGCACUAGUGCGUGGGACACGUACAAAGGAUACUGCUCACCGCUUUGUGAUCGGAAGCUGUCAAUAUUUGUCUGCGUCGGGUAACAGAGAGGCCAGCAAUGAACCGUAACGUCAUCAAUUAUCUCUUACAUACCAUCACCAAACGAGCCGCGCGUCAAAUUUGUCCGUCCUACUCUACCUUGGCCUCCUCGCCUCUUAUCGUGAAUCACUCGCGGUUCACCUGGUGGCUCGAUACUCCCGAUGGAUGUGGAAUUCGUUAGAAAUUUCAUCCCACGAUGGUCGAAAGCGACAAUCGCUCGGUCGAAACUUCAAUUCGCUCGGUUAGAGCUUGUCGGGAAUGUCGAGUCCGAUCCUCCAAUGGCGAAUCGAUUUCUCGCGCGUAUAUUGUGUGCUGGACACACGUGGAAGUACUCUACGGCUUGGCGUGAGUGCCCUCGAAAGAUAGUUAGGGCGGGCGAACACCCGGAGAAGAGAGAGUGACAUUGGGAUAUUUCGCGGAGAGUAUUGUGAGCAUUGGUGGCCCACCUUGAUCGACAUGGUCAAGGUCCUCCACGUGGUGCUGGAAAAGGUAUUAUGUUAGAAACAAUGGUCGUACAAAAUGAUCAAACCUAUCUGAAUAUUUUAGUUUUGUAACUUUAGAUUAUGAUUGCCUGUUUAAUAUUAUUAAUAGCGAACUUCUCUAAAUUUAGAUGGAACAAGAUCGAGAAAAGGAAAUGCAUUCUCUCCGUUUCAUCUGUUUUAUGUUUUACAAAUUUGAUUCGAAUUUCUUGUAAAUUUCCCAAAUCUCAUCAAUGAUUCCGGAUGGGUCGAUGACACCGAACGUGCUCAACCUGGGUACACACGCGCAUUACAUAUUUAUCUCCUGAUAUUGCAAAUAAAGCCCGUUUCCUGCGUCCUUUGCCUUAUCCAUAUUUAGAUUACAAUGCUUUACAUUAGAGACGAUACGGGUAAAGUGGCAAAACUCGGGAGGGGGCGAAAAUACGCUCCCGUGCGCGAUUUUCGGAAAAUCAGAAAGCAUCUCGCUUGCUUACCUUAGAUUCUCGUGACUCCGCAAUGAGACUGCAGCGGCGCGCAGAAGAUCUCGGGACUCCGAGUGCCGAGUCCCUUCGACCUUCGGGCUCGUAUGUAUCCGAGCUCGUAAAGAGGAUUCGCCUUUCAGGCGGAACCCAUCCCCGUCUCCUUCGAUUCCGUCUCUCCCGGGAGAGAGUGAGAUUCGAAGAAUCGUCGAACGGUCUCAUGGUUUACCCAUCGUGACGGUGCGCUCUCGUCAAAACCCGUAAAAGCUCUCGGGGGACGAUCGACUCCCUGAGAGCCAGGCAAGCGGUCAAGGAGAUCCUCCUCACCGUUGCCGAUUCACGACCUCGUGAAAAGCUAUCCGCCGCAGUCUCGGCGCUCGUCUUAUUUUCCUCAUUCUGUUCCGCCGCGCUUCCCUCGACUUGCGCCGAUGCUCGCAAAAGCGCAUGGCGUCGAUUUUGUUCCAAAUAAUAAAUUCGAUCGGCCCGCGAGUCCAUACACAGACCAUUCACUCGAUCGGUCAAGUACGCUCUGAAAAGUUCUAACGACCACUUUUUUUUUAUUUCCAUCAGACGUUUUUAAAAGUUCCGAAGACUCACUUCCGCGUGCCUCGAUCGAUUCCCGUUUGUAGAAUUAGGGUUGGUUGAGAGAAAAAGUUUGUCUCCCCCCUCCCCUCCCAUCUCCCCGCGCGCAACAAAUAAGGCACGUUUUGAUAUUUAAUUUGAAAAGUUCCUUGCAACGGAGAGAUUGCGAUUUCACUAGUAGAGAAUCUUGGAAAAAUGUAUUUGCUAUUAAAAACUCGUUUUUUCUCUAUAGUAUUUUUUAGGUGACUUGAGGAAGAUCGCAAUUUUGACGUAGAGAAUCCUUCUUUUUACGCGGAUUAUCUUCCCGCAAUGCCUGUCAAGCUCUUAUUUUACUUGCAUCAGUAGAUAAAGAGAAUUGACCGCAAACCGGCACCCGAUGUUCGCAAACUCAGUGUAUUUCUAAACCAACUUCGUCAAUACAUCCCGUUUUAUCCUUUCUGAGAAAGAACUUUUAAUGAGUUCGCGUACACUGUUUAAAGAUUUAAAGUUUUGCGAGCUUCAAAGAGAUCGUGCCAUGCUUCUCUAAAGUAUUACAGGCAAGGCGAAGCAUUAUUAUGACGUACAGAACGUCUGCGAUAUUACAUCGUAAAAAUUGCCUCUGUAUAUUAGUUCCUUGCUGCCUUCCUUAUCAAAAACUCAAAGAGAAAUGCAUACUGUGAACGGCAGAAAAGAAAGCCUUUCGAAUAUCUAACAAGAUUAAGCGAAUCUUUUUAAUAUCAAGAAAUAAUUUUAGUUGUACUUGAUUUCGUGUCUUUGCAGCAAAGGUUUUUAAGGCUCCCGCAGAAAAAAAAGAAGAUUUGAACGUACGCAAUAAUCGAAGGGCUUUAGGUGCCGGUAAAAGAGUCACUCUUUUGAGAGAGGAACACGAUACAGCUAUUAAAAUUGUAUUCCCUAUUUUACGUUCCGAGCGUUCACAAGUCUCCUCAGUGUAAAACUACAACGGCAUUACGAUCACACAAAUAAUUGCUAAACGCGAGACGAGCUUCGGCGUACGGCGGCCACGAAGGGCGAACGAGUGAUCUUUAAUUUAAGUAGUAUAUGUACGUUAUUUCCCGGGCACACACAAACGCGGUAGAUAGUUGCGGUAAAGUUGAUCGUACGAAAUUGGCUAGCGUCGACGUUGUGCCGCUAUGCGAGCACAUAGGUAUUCCCUGUAAAGCAGAUACAUAGGUAAUAACGGGAGACGCUGAGCCGUCGUGGACGACGCGGCGCAUACGCUUGCCCUAUUAGCAUACAAUUAUCUUUAUGCUUCUUUUAUGAUUCAUAUUUAAUGCCGGUUUCGCCAUCACAACCACCACCAACUACCACCGCCGCCGCCACCCGUGUCGAAACCGGCACAAAGUUGGCAAACUUUUACGAUCGUACUUGUUUCGAAACUUAACGUACCCCACGCUUGCCUGUUAUCGGGCCUACCACAAUUCGCUUGCACCCUUGUUAAACGUGCCCCGGAAAGUACUUCCUAGAGCAUGCGCUGCACGACAAUUUAUCGUCACACGUGCGAGCAAUCGGCAAAUGCGAUACGCGUCGAUUAUGUUUGCUUUGUCGCGUCAACGUGACGAGCCUCGAGAUGAAAGGAAUGGCGACGAUGAGGUUAUUGUAUCGACGACUUUUGAUAAUAAUGUGUAAAAUAUGACAGGAAAUACAAUGUAAAAUACAAAGUAAAAUAUGAAAAUAAUUUUCAAUAAAAUAUUUUGCUGUGUUUUUUA